CAGUAACAUGAACUCACAAGACCAAAAGCACAAUAACAUUCUAGUCCUGGUAGUAAAAUACACGUCAGUCAACCUACCGAUGUUCACUUUUUCAAAAUGGUCUUGGUCUGAAACAGGAAUGACAAAUGUAGAUCAUGUAUUUUUGUAACAACACCAUCCUCCUUUCUUAUUUUCAAGGAACAGUGGGUUAACUGCCUUGUUCAGGGGCAGAACAACAGAUUCGAUCUUGCAACCUCUCGGUUACUAGUCCAACGCUCUAACCACUAGGCUACCUGCCGCCCCCUUGUGAACACCCAAAAUUAAUAUCAAACAAAACAUCUACAAUUCCGGGCCAAUAUAUGACUGUAGACCUCGGUAAGAGUGAAAGUGACCAAUUAGACGUCAACGUUGCUUAUUGAAAUUAGAAAGUAGUUAAUUUCCAUUAAUCUGGCCAAAUACGUUUAGAUUUAAAUACGACUAGAGCCAUUUGAGAAUAGACCACUUAUAAAUUAGGUGUACAGUAUUGUGCAUUGCAUUGUGUCAAAUAAAAUAAUCCACUGUUGUAUGGUCAGACUUAAAAGACAAAAAAGGAGGCUACUUUACGUUGUAUGAUAAUUAGGGGGUGGAGAGAGACGCAGGCAGUAAAAUAUGUAUUCAACAAUGGAAUGCAAAAGCUUGAGCAAAGUGUAAAUUCGAGACAUUUCACAGAAGAAUGUUAGUCUUGUGUAGGCUAAUGACUUAAUCUAAUUAUUUUUCCGAUUUUGUAGAGCAAGUAGUGUUACCCGAUUGUCUGGUGUUUUGCAACUGUUCGAGUUGGAAUUAACAUUUUACCUCGUGCGUCAGGUAGGCUACGGACUACGAAUACCUGGAGAGUGAGCGAAAGAAAUGUUUGAAAAGUAAACCGAAAAGUUGGGACCUUUUUUUUCUUGUUACUGAAUAUUUGGAAUGUAGUUAUACUGUAGAAAAUGUGUACACAAUUUGUGUGCUACUGUAAAUAAAUCGAGCAGUUUUGGUUUGAUUGGCAAGACCUACGAAGAGACACGAACACCUGACGCACAGUCCACCGUCGUAAGCUUGUCUACAAAUGUUUCUCCAAAUAGGCUACUCCAAUGGAAACACUUUGCUCUCAUGUUUUUAAUAAUAAUGAGAUUACGAAAAUGCAUUAUUUCAUACCAUUUUGAAGCUUGUUGUUCAACUUGGAUAGAUUUUGGAACUCCCUAAGAUUGAUAUUGGGAGUGCCACUGAAUCAAGGGAUGGAGUUACCUGUGCAGGGCCAGAGCCAGUGGGGCACAGCGUGGUUGGUGCUAUGGGCAUUUGUGUGUGUGAGGGGUGGGUUUGUGGAGCCUCCUCCAUCCUUCUCCCUGCGUUCCUUGACGGAGGUUGAGACGCGGCUGCCCUGUCAGUUUCAAGUUCAGGAGGAGGAGCAGGUAGUUCAGGUCAGCUGGUUCAAGGAGCUACCUGAUAGCACCAAGGAACAAAUCAUCACUGCCCACCUCACAGAGGGACACACAGAGUUUGGGCGAUACUCUGGGAGAGUGAAGUUUGAGAGCAGUCGCCCCACAGUGGACUCUGCCCUGCUCAUCAUGAACACGGAGGAGUCUUAUGAGGGGAAAUACACCUGUCACAUCAGCACAUUCCCCUAUGGGAACUUUGAGAGGCAGCUGUCACUCACUGUGUGGACCCUACCAAUCUCCUCUCUGGACCCAGUGGUUCUGGAGGAGGGCCAGUCCUUCCGCAUAGCUGCCUCCUGCCGCUCCGUGGCCCGUCCUCCACCUCGACUGACCUGGGAUACGGAUCUCCCUGGUCAGAACCAGACCCGCAGCUCCGAGGGCGGGGCCGUGUCCACCCACUUCUCCCUGCACCCCCUGAGGAGUAUGAACGGCAUGCGGCUGGACUGCCUCGUCUGGCACCCUGCUCUGGAGCAACCCCGGAGGAUCAGUAACCGCCUGGUGGUGCAAUUUCCCCCAGAUGCAGCUGUCACUGGCUAUAAUGGAAACUGGUACAUGGGACUGAAGGGAGCUGAACUCAAGUGUGAGACUGGAGGAAACCCCAAACCACAGAGCUUCACCUGGACCAGGGGUGGUAAGGCCCUGCCAGACGGUCUCACUGUGAAUGGAGCAAGGCUUCUGUUUGGCCGAGCCCUGAGACAGAAUGACACUGGAGUUUAUGAAUGUGUGGUGAACAACGGCAUUGGGACAAGGAAAGUAGAAUCGAACAUCACAGUGACAGAGAAAAUUCGCAGUGUGCAGGAAACCACUGUUGACACUCUAGUGAUGAUCAUUAUAGUUGUGGCUGCUGGGGUUUUGGUCAUCGUCAUGAUCAUCAUCAUCAUCUUAGUCAACCGAUACCACAGGCGCAAAAACAGAAAAUUAGAGAUGGAGCUUAGCGAAAGAACGUUAAAAAUCAACACACUCUCCAGACAGGACUCCUCCCGGAGACUCAACUCUGUCAGCACAGACCCCAGAGGACAGAAUGAAGACUGUACACUACUCAGACUAGACAGUAGAAUGAAAAACAGCCUAAUGUCCCUUGAGGACCGUCCCAUCUACAUAGGCAGUGAAUCAUCCCUGGGUGGGAGGCGGGGGACUGUUGGAGAGGGGGAUGUGGACUACCUAGGCCGCCCUGUCCUGUACCAGUCUAGCUGGCAUGAGGGCAGAGAGAGUAUGAGGGGCGCGGAGAUGGAGGGAGAGAGGGAAGAGCGCAGACGAAGGGUGGAGUCGUACCUGAAGAGAAGCAAUAUGUCCCUGGACUCUGGCCUUCCUUCCUCCCUUGUCCCCAUCAAGCCCCAGGACCAGGAUGGCAGUGUGGGGCCCACAGACAUCGCCCCAAUGCACAGUGACCUGUGUGGCCAGAGGGAGGGGGUGACCAAAGGGGAAGACUGGGGCCACAAACAGGCAGUGCUGGAGGUUGAUGAGGCAGACUGUGACACCAGUUCUUACCAGAUCUCAGAGGCGCUCUCCAACCACUUCCACUACAGCAACGGGUUCCUGCGGCCCAAACCACACUCCAACGCCAUCCUGCUACACCCCAGAGGACAGGUCAUCUAGACAUGAGGCUUGGCUGAAUAGGGAACUGCACUCAGCUCCACCCUAACCUAGUGGUCAUUAUACAGAAGUGAGGGUUUGGCAACAUGCUCACGUUCAUUGCCAUUUGUCUUUUCUUUUUUUAUCAGCAUUGUCUUCUUGUAUGUCCUAUGUAAACAAUAUUUACUAGCCUAAGUAGAGAUUGGACAAGAUUGCACCAUCACUUUGUAUCAACUAUAAACCCAGUCUUGUGUAAGCA